AUGUUUAAUUCUUUUCUGCUGCAGAGCCUCCUUGUUGUCCUUUCCGCCCUCUGCGUGAUAAUCCCCUUUUUGCUGCUGCUGCCGCUGCUGCGGCAGGGCUGGCUGCUGGUGGUGAGCCUGCUGGACGUUGCUGCUGCUGCUGCUGCUGCUGCAGCAGCAGCAGCAGCAGCAGCGCCAGCAGCAGCAGGAGUCCUCAGCCUCGUGAGGCCAGGCUUCCUCCUCUGGGCACUCCUGGACUCGCUGCUGCUGACAGCUUUGCUGCAGCAGCUUUUCAAGUUUGCUGCUGCUUUCCAGCUGCAGCACAAGGUGUACGUACACCCCAGCAGCCUGCUGCUCUUCUACACCGCCCUCGCCGCCAACGCCUUUUCCCUCGCCACUGGCACACAUGAUGCCUUCCGCCUCGCCAGCCAACUCGCCGGGGGGCCCCCGGGGGGCCCCCCAGGAGGCGCAGCGGCUGGGGGCCCUUUGGUCCUUUUGUGUGUUUCACGGAGGGUACGAAUUGCCCAGCCAGCUACUCACUGCAGCACUGAUUGCAUGCAACGUCAGCAGCAGCAGCAGCACCAGCAGCAGCAGCAGCAGCAGCAGCAGCAGCAAGACUGGAGGAAGCAGCUUUAUACAGACAUCAGCCAAAAUGUGGCCAUGAGGUUUCUGUGGGGCCGCCCGGCGAACGCCGUUGCUGCUGCUGCGCUGCGGACUGUAGCAGCAACAGCAGCACUUUGUCAGUUUUUUUCAAUUAUGGUGAUGAUCUUCAGUCUUUUAAUUGCUGCUGUUGCAUGCAGAAAGGCUUAUCUCCGUGCUGCAGCAGCAGACGCAGCAGCAGCAGCAGCAGCAGGAGGCUGCAGCCCCGUGGGGGCGCCGCGGCUGCUGUUCAGUUUGAAGGAUUUGUUCGGCUCGGAGGAAGCAGAGGCGGAAGAAAGCGCGGCGCUGCUGGCGAGCGGGCGCGAGCGCUGGGGUGUAUAG